AUGUCAGUGCGUAUAUCUUUAAUACAGCUAAAGUAUAAAUAUUUUAAUUGUAGAGAACUUUGGGAAUUUGAACCAAUUUUAGAUGGAGAAGAGGAUUUAGCUAGAAGGCAUAAAAGAGCAGCUGAAUUUGAAAGUAGAUUCUCUAGGAAUUAUUUGUACAAUUUAAGUAGACAGAUGGGUGAAAUUCACAAACUCAUGAAAAAUUAUUCGCCACGAUUUAUUGAAAAAAAUUCAUCACAAACCAUAUUUCAAAAGAUAUCCAAUGCACAUACAUUAAUUUUUCAAGGUCUUUCGGCAUAUCAAAAGCAUUUGGCAAGCUCGAUUCCAGGCGGUGUUCCCGAAAAAUUAAAUGAUUUAUUAGCUCAUGCCUGCGAUUUAUGGCGUGUUUGUAAUAAAUGUGAAAUAUUAAAACCAAUUUUAUACAGCCCCGGUCGAAAUGAAGUGUAUAUUGAGGAUAUCGACGAGAAAUGUAAAAAACUUUUACAAAAUAUACGUAGUGACCAGGAGAAUAAAAUGAAACUUGAGCAGAAACCAAGUUGUACAUCAACUAUAACAGUUACACCAAAAAAAUCACCAAAAAAGAUAGAUAAGAAGAAUCGAUUAUCAAUGUAUACAUUAGAGACACCAUAUAUUUUAAAACAUCAACGUGCAUUUUGGAAAAAAUCUUUAAAUCAUUUAAGCAAACCCAAGCACAUAAGACCAAAAAAGAAACCAAACAGCCCUGAGGAUAAAUCAAAAAAUAAAAUGGAACUUACGGUAAAUUAUUUGAAUCCAUCCAUGUCACAAGAAAGUUUUCCAAUGAAACAUAAAAAAUCUGAAAUUAUAUGCGAACCACCAAAAGAAGAUGAAAUAAUAACACAAAUGGAUAUUUUGAAUCAACGAGAGUCUGGUGUAAACAAUUCGAUUGAGCCUGAGAAGAAAAGCGAAGGAAAUGUUGGUAGUGAAAUGUCUAAAGAGCAGUUUAAUGAAUCAUUACGACCCUUGUUAUUGGAAAUUUUACAAAAUAUAGAUAACAAAGAAAACUUAGAAGAUGAGAAAAACUCGAUGAUGGAGUUGAAAAAUGUUCUCACUGAAAUCAAACAAGUAACAGUUAAAGAUCAUAACCAUUCAGACACCGAUAUCACACCCAAAUUAUCUCUUCAGAAAAAAAGAUCCAAGACAACAAUAACCGGCCCAAAGAACGCAAAACUAAUAUGCUUAUCCCCGGUUGAAUCAGAAAACGAUGAAGACGUCAAUUCAAUUGUAUCAACACCACCGCCAUGUCAAACCGUUGCUACAAGCACAUCUGAUGUCGAAAUUCAAAAAGAAUGUAUUGACUCACCGACACAAACUUCAUCUCUUAAUGCUACAAGAAAUGUUAAUAGCAUGUUGAAGAAACCAUCACCACGUACAAACUUCGUAUCGCCUCGGAAUGAUGUUAUCACAAAAACCGUUAAAUUUCAAAAACCACGUCCAAAAAUAAUGAAAAUUAAUAUGCCAAAAAGUAUUAUCCGAAAUUUGACCAAGUAUAAAGAUUUAUAUGCUAACCAUACAAGAAAAAAUAGUAUGUACGUAAUUAAGAAGAAUAGAAAACCCUGGGAAAUACUAUCCAAAAUAGCGGAUACCUUACUCGAUAGUAUGAUAUCUGAUGUAGUCUCUGAAUUGGAAAUCGAUAAUUUAUUACUGAAAUUAUACGAAAUGGAGUUUCACUAA